AGGGCUGAAACAAUUGUAGGAGGCUAAAGUUUCCCUCCUUCGCUAAUAAACUCUCUAUUCUCUUCUAUUCUCCCCAUCCUCUGUAUUUCUGCGUGAGGAAUGCUUCUUCUUCUCCAUUUGUCUUCCUGACAUUAUCUCGACUUGGUAAGUGUUACAAUUCUUGUGAAGGAUGGAGGGUGGAUUGAGCCCUCGCUCUGUGGAUGAUGUGUUCAAGGAUUUUAAGGGCCGGCGAGCUGGACUCAUCAAGGCCCUCACCACCGAGGUUUCGGAUUUUUACCAAAAAUGUGAUCCAGAAAAGGAGAACCUGUGUCUAUAUGGUCUCCCAAGUGAAGAGUGGGAAGUGAAUUUACCUGCUGAGGAGGUGCCACCUGAACUUCCUGAGCCUGCUCUGGGUAUCAAUUUUGCAAGAGAUGGCAUGCAGGACAAGGACUGGCUUGCACUGGUGGCAGUUCAUAGUGAUUCAUGGUUACUUGCAGUUGCCUAUUAUUUUGGUGCACGGUUUGGGUUCGACAAAAAUGAAAGGAAGCGUCUUUUCAACCUGAUCAAUGAACUUCCAACUAUAUUUGAGGUAGUGAGUGGAACUGCAAAGAAGCAAGCAAAAGAGAAAUCAAGUAUAACAAAUAAUAGUAGCACUAAAAGCAAGCCUAAUCCGAAAAUGCAACAUGUUUCUGAAUCACACACAAAAGCAUCGAGAUUGCCACCUAAGGUUGAGGAUGACACACCUGAUGAAGAGGAUGACGAAGAACAUGGUGAAGCAGCCUGUGCAGCUUGUGGAACCUCUGGAGAUCCUGAUGAGUUUUGGAUAUUUUGUGACCAUUGCGAGAAAUGGUACCAUGGAAGAUGCGUGAGGAUGACACCUGCAAGAGCAGAACAUAUCAAACAGUAUAAAUGUCCAAAUUGCAGUAAAAGGGCUCGUGUUUGAGAUGCUGGCAUAUAUACUGUCUUGUUUUUCAGAUUUAACUGAGAUGAUAUUUCAACAUGAUGGCUUCAAAGUUAAGCUACAUUAAUUGUGCUUAACGUGCAAUUAGAAGGUUGUAGGUUUAGAUAUUCAAUGCUGAUGCUAUUUGUGACAUUGUGGGAAAUGCUGCAUGCAGCAUUUGUAUGAAUAUUGGGCUACUUGUUUACAAAUUGUAAGCGACUACUUGAUUUCAGUUUCAGAAGCUGUUUUGUUGAAUUUUUCAAAUGAUGUUUUUGUAAAGUGUUGUGAUCAUGUAAUUUGAUUAUCUUCAUAUUAAGGUCUUAA